GCGGGCCGGAAGUGGGCCUGAGCGCCGCGGGCCCGCCAUGAAGCCGGCCGUGGACGAGAUGUUCCCUGAGGGCGCCGGGCCCUACGUGGACCUGGACGAGGCAGGAGGCAGCACAGGGCUCCUGAUGGACCUGGCAGCCAAUGAAAAGGCAGUUCAUGCCGACUUUUUCAAUGACUUCGAAGAUCUCUUUGACGAUGAUGACAUCCAGUGAGGUGCUGUCCCACUGCUCGCGGGCCCAGCCUUUGUUACAGAGCAGCGUAGUGGACCUGCUCAGGGGACAGUACCAAAUGGGUUUAAAGAACUGUAGGACCAGGUUAACCAAGAGGAGAAGAAUGGUCUUUAUCUCCUACAUGACACUGUUAAUACCUGAAUGUGACCAGCUUUUGUCCUUAAUUUGAAUUAAAAACAACAUCAUCACAUGCAGAGUAA